AUGGACUCCGAGGUUAUUUUGGAGAGUGAGCAGCAGUUUUGGGAUGAACUCCAACAAAUCGUUUCUACCCCUUGUGACUCGGAAGACUUGAUUGACAAUGUGCUACGGAGCUAUUUGAGCCUGACGGUUCAGUAUAAGGAUGAAUAUCUCAAUUCCGAACUAGACAUCUCGCGCUGCUCGUUCAAACUAUUCUCAUCGACUCUUUACGCCGCUCAUGGAGAUUAUGUCCGGAGACAGUUGUUAUAUGGUUUAUUGCAGGAAGACGACCUCAAAACGCUACACCUCAUAGCCUCCUUCCUCCUCUUCGACGGUCGCCAGAAUGAAGCUACAUUCAAUACGAUGAACGAUGAGGGGGCGUUUCCGCGAUUAUUGGAGUUAUUGCAGAAGAGGAAGAAUGACGGGCAUGGCCAUGGCGAUAACGACGAAGAUGACGACGGCGGAGCUGGCCUCCAUCGGAUGUUGAUGGAUUUAUUGUAUGAGAUGUCGAGGGUACAAAGAGUCAAGAUUGGGGAUUUGGUGCUUGUGGACGACGAUUUCAUCAAAGGGUUGUUUGAACUUAUUGAGAAUCUCUCUGAUGAUGUUAAUGAUCCGUAUCAUUAUCCGGUUAUUCGUGUUUUGUUGGUGUUGAACGAACAAUUCAUGAUUUCGGCGCAUGAUCCUAUUGACGAACGGUCGGGCUUUUUGACGAAUAAGGUGAUCAAGGUGCUUUCGAUGCAGGGGAAUUAUUACAAGACGUUUGGGGAGAAUAUCAUUCUGCUCAUCAACAGAGAAGCUGAAACAUCCCUCCAGCUCCUCACUCUCAAGCUCCUAUACCUCCUCUUCACCACUCCAUCUACAUUCGAAUACUUCUACACGAAUGACCUUCGUGUCCUGGUUGACAUCUUAAUCCGAAACCUUCUCGAUCUGCCUGAGGAAGCUUCUGCUUUACGACACACCUACCUCCGCGUGCUUUACCCGUUGCUCGCUCACACUCAAUUGAGAUAUCCACCAUAUUACAAACGGGACGAAUUGAAGCGCAUGCUUAACAUCCUCAUUCGUGGUCAACUCGAGACGGACGAGGAGAAGAUCCAGCAUUUUGAAGAUGUCGACGAGACGACAAAGCGACUGGUGAUGCGAUGCGCAACGGUCGAGUGGCUGCGGGAUGUGGAACCUGAGCCUGAAUCACAAGCUGCAUCUCGGGCAGGGUCCGUCUCUGCAGCCACCGGGGAGCCCUUGGAAGCAUCGCAGACCACCUCAUCCAGCAGCUCUGACAGGGAUACUGCAUCGCCAACUGGCCACCAACAAGCCCCUGGCUCACCUGACAUACGCCAUCAUCACCGUAAACUGAGCGCGGUGAAACGACUAGGAAUGCAUCUUGAACCAGCUUCCUCGUCCUCCCUGAGCGUACGCGAGGUUGCAUCCCAACACGAGAAACCAGGCGUCAUCACACCAAGCCGAACAGACCUCCCACCAGGAACAGAAUUCGUGCACCCCGGCGCAAACCCCAAACCAAAGAUCAAACCCGAACCACCUAAAGCGAGACGAUGGCGCGGACGACGCAAUCACGAAGAAGAUGAGAACGUCGACAGGAUCCCGGAAGACUCACAGAUACCAUCGAGUCCAAUUACAAGAGCCAUCACCCCUACGCCGCCACCACCACCGCCAGUAUCAGGGAAUCGACGGAGAUCAACAAGUACAUCUUCUUCCCUCGCACCUCCUAUUCCCGCUCACUCGCGACGCUCCGCUUCGAAUCCUCCACCAGCUGUACCUCCACCGAGACGAUCAGCAACCCAUCCUGCUGUGCAGUCCCAGAACAGCCAGUAUAAUAACCAAAGUAAUCUUAAUAACAUGGUGCAGCAAGGGAAAGGGCAGAAGCCUGAACCACCAAAGACACGUCGUUGGGGACGAAAACAGGCGCAGCAGUCAGAGCAGAGUGGUACAGGAGAACACACGGUUAGUGUUGAGGAGGCGGUACAGAACGUUUCGUUGGAGUGA